AUGCGUCUCCUUCAUGUCUACACUUUGGAGCUCCAUGAGUUCAUAGGGCAUGAUAUUCCCAAGUACGCCAUCCUCUCCCAUACGUGGGGUGUAGAUGAGGUCACGCUACAAGACAUGCGAUCUGGAAACGCUGGAGACAGGUUAGGCUACGAGAAGAUCACACUUACUUGCCAGCAAGCAAAGCGCGACGGGCUGGAGUGGGCAUGGAUCGACACUUGCUGCAUUGACAAGACGAGCAGCGCGGAGUUGAGCGAGGCAAUCAACUCCAUGUACCAGUGGUAUGGCCGAUCGCAAGAGUGUUAUGCGUAUCUCGACGAUGAAGAGAACACAAGCGAGGCAUCGCUACGAGCGUCAAGAUGGUUCAUGCGCGGUUGGACUCUCCAGGAGUUGAUCGCCCCAAAGCGUGUCAAGCUCUAUGGGCAUCGAUGGACCUUCAUUGGAACACGCAAGAGAUGGGGCCAAGCCAAGGGCGACUCGGUAAGCGCAGAUAUCCAAGGGAUCACUGCGAUCCCCCAAGAGCUUUUAGAAGGAGAAAAGCCCAUAUCCGCCUAUAGCGCUGCGCAGAAGAUGUCCUGGGCGGCAUUCCGGUCCUGCACGCGUAUUGAGGAUGUGGCGUACUCGAUGCUUGGCCUGUUUGGUAUCAACCUACCGCUUAUGUACGGAGAGGGCCAAACAGCAUUCACACGCUUACAGGCAGAGAUCCUCAAUGAGACCGACAACCAGUCACUACUAGCAUGGACGGUGCCAAGGGAAAGUCCCAGGGCAUGGACACUGGAAGGUGCAUUUGCGAGGUCUCCCGCGGACUUCGCCCAUUCCGGGCAUAUCGAAGGAAAUUACUUCGACUCUGGCGCGCCCUCGGCGGUCACCAACAGAGGGCUUCAGAUCAACCUGCAUAUCUCGCAACAGAACUUCGGUCUGGGAUCCCACUUGUAUAGCGGGAAUCCCGAGUGUAUAGUAUUCCACGCUUCGUUGAAUGCUGCAGCCACCACGUCAGACGACUCAGGUAAUACCGUGGUCUUGAUUAUACUGGUUCGAGCGCCCCAGAUUUCUGAACGGCAUCGGCUCUCCAAGAACAGAUAUACGAGACUAGCCACUCCUGAUCUCAACUUCACGACUCUGAAAGGGAAUGAUUUGGUCGAGAGAAUGAACGCGAAAAGCGAGGCUAUAUACGUGUCCACAAAGCCUUCUCAGUUGGAACUGGACCGCUUCGGACUGGGCGGCAUACAUCUACAGGAUCUCCCCUUGGACCUGAGCGUCUGUCGAUCGGCCGACCGGAAUUUGGUGCGCAGCCCCGACCAGUACGGGGGCAGCGCCGCCCGGUACGGCUACAGUGUCGUGAAGAUAGAAUCCUCCUGCGUCUCUAGUUUGGGUGAUAUACUGAGCCCCAGACCCUUCCUGUUCCUCCACGCAGCCCAGCGCCCUCAUCUGCUUCGGCGAGAUGCCGACGUAGUCUGGUCUACCCAAUACGGCUCAUCAUUCUUCACAUCACCAUCACUUGCACAAGACACGAGCAACGACAACACGACCACAACAUCAUCCUCAGUCUUCGUAACACCCCAACAGGACCUCGCAUUCGCCAUAAACGUCCCGAGCAACUCGUCCACAGACCUCUUCUUCUCCCUCGUAUUCCCCAUCCACAUCUCAUGGGGCGCCAUCGGCCUGGGCUCCAACAAGAUGGCCGGGUCUCUCAUCCUCAUGGCGUACGCCUCCUCGUCCGGCCAGAACGUAACCAUAUCACCGCGUCUAGCCCACGGCCACUCGGAGCCCGUCCACGCCCCUGAGAUCGACAUCGAAGCCCUCCCGGGCACCGGCCUCGUCAACGAGACCACGUACGUCUUCAACGGCCGUUGCGGCAACUGCCGCACCUGGACUAACGGGCAGAUCGAUGUGAGCAGUACGGCGCAGAACAUGCUCUACGCCACGGGUGACCAGGGGGACAUGAAGAGCUACGAUGCCGCCGCACCUCUGCGCAUGCACUGGAGCUACGGGACCUUCACCAUGGACCUGGUCCACGCGACGGGCCCGGGUGGCGUGCCGACUAUCACGGCGGAUGAGGACACGCGGUCCGUGGCCGCUGUGCAGGGCCUGUCGAAGACGGGCAAGAGGGAUAGCGCGGCGGUGGCUCAUGCGGUCAUCAUGGUUCCGGUGUUUGUCGGGAUAUAUCCGCUUGGCAUCCUGGUGCUGCGGCUGGGGGACUGGGUGCGCUGGCAUGCUGUUAACCAGGGUGUUGCGGUUGUGCUGUUCAUCGUGGGCGCGGGUCUUGGGUUCAAGAUUAGUGGGAGUUAUAAUCGGUCGAAGAAGUUCAAUACUGCCCACCAGGUCAUCGGCAUCCUGAUCUUCAUCGCCAUCUUUGCGCAAUUCGCGCUGGGAUUCCUGAACCACCGCGCCUUCAAGAAGACGCAGAAGAAGACGAAGAUGGCACCGAUCCAUGUUUGGCUCGGGCGGCUUAUCAUCGUGCUGGGUGUGGUGAAUGGGUUCACUGGCUUUCCACUCGCUCUCUCGACGGGCUACGACUACGUGCUAGCCGGGCUGGUGCUUGUCGUCUUCCCCAUCAUGGUCAUCCUCAUCAUCACCAAGAAGUUCAUCCAGAAGCGCUGGAAGAAGAGUAAGGAGUCUUCGGUAUCGGAUGAACCGAAUGGAUAUAAUAUGCAGCCGUGGCAAGGAGGAGAAGGACAGGGACAGGGACAGGGACAGGGACAGACUAUUCACAUACACGGUGGAAGAGCUGUAGAAACCCUUGGUGUGCCUGCUCCUGCUUAUCAGCCACGAAGCACGGGGGCAGCGGACUUGGGACCUCAGCAGAACGCUAGGGAAUAUGUGUGA